UGCAAACAUGCCUCAUGCUUAUAUAUUUAUACGAACCGUGCAGUAGCUAUUUUCUUGUUUAAAAACAAGAAAAUAAAAGCAGUCCUGGGCUUUUGCUGAUGCAGCUGGUUCAGUUUAGCCUUCUGCUAUUUCACAUGGCAAGACGUUAUCCUCAGUUGACCCUAACUCAGAACAAGGCGGAGUCUUCUUGCAGCUACUUCAUGUAUCGCAAGUCAGAAAGUAAAGUGACAUUUAAUUUGAAGGUGGCAUUGGCUUCCCUGGACCAAUCCAACAUUAAUUUUUGCCGUGUAUCGUAGUCUUGAUUUUGAAUAUUUCCUGACUUGACUAAGGUUGAGUUUUACAUCUUGUUUAAAAGUUAACUGCUUGCUAUAACCGAAAGAUUUAAGAUGCCUGUUUUUCCUUUCCAACAAGGGAAAGGGGAUCUGUCUUUGCGGGAGAGGAGGAAAAGAAAAGCCAGAUGCAGUUUCUUGCUUGGUAGAUGAAGGCACAGCUGAGAGAAAGGAGCUUUGACUGAAUUAUCUCCCUUGUUUUUUUAACCAUAAUAAACCGAAGAGUCAUAAUGUGUUUUCCAGAGUAGAGAUGAGCCUUCCCUUGUCUGCCCUGCAUCUUCUGAUUAGCCUGCCAUUGGUCAGUUCUGUCUGGACAGUCCUUAAUCGGCUUUCUGAAGGAGUAUAUUCAAAUAAACUGCAUGCCUUCGAUUGCCGUCCAAGUUACCGCUUUCCGAUGGCCCUUCGUGAGGUGAGGUUGUCUGAGAACUGAUUCUUCAGGCAUUCAUCUUUCUUUUGCCAGUAAUUUGGACAAGGGACUUUUGUUUAGCUGUCAACAACUGAGAUGAACGCGCAUGGAAGAAGAGCAGCCUUGCCUGUGAUUUCUCCAACAGUUUUGUCAAGAAGGGUGAUUAAAGUAUAUAGUGAGGAUGAAACCAGCAGAGCAUUUGAAAUACCAAGUGAUAUAACAGCCCGAGAUUUGUGCCAGCUGCUAAUACUAAAGAAUCAUUACGUUGAUGAUCAUAGCUGGACCCUCUUUGAACGUCUCACUUAUUUAGGGCUAGAAAGAAUAGUAGAAGACCAUGAAGUGAUUGUUGAAGUCCAUUCAAGGUGGGGAAUUGAAGAAGGCAAUAAAUUUUAUUUCCGGAAAAACUACGCCAAAUACGAGUUUUUUAAAAACCCUGAAAUAUUUUUCCCAGACCAUUUGGUAUCCCUUUCAAAUGAGAGCAAUGGCACAAUGAACCAUACACAGAUACUGCAGAUGUUUUUAAGUUCCAGUGCAUAUCCUGAAAUUCAUGGUUAUUUGCAUUUUAAAGAGCAAGGGAAGAAAACCUGGAAAAAAAUGUACUUUUUGUUGCGGAGAUCUGGCCUGUAUUUUUCCACUAAGGGAACAUCAAAGGAACCACGACACCUUCAGCUUUUCAGUGAAUUUAGCAGUAGCGACAUAUAUAUGUCUUUGAGAGGCAAAAAGAUAUCUGGAGUGCCAGUCACUUUUGGGUUCUGCUUCAAGCCUUAUAAAGCAGGAGGAACCAGAGACCUGAAAUACCUUUAUGCAGACAGUGAGCAAAGUAGGACCUGUUGGAUGACAGCAAUUCGGUUGCUGAAGUAUGGAAUGCAGUUGUACCAGAAUUACGCACAGCCCUAUCAAGGUAGAAGUGGGGGCAGUUUUCUUAGCACACCCAUGAGAAGUGUUUCAGAGAAUUCUCUUGUCGCUAUGGACUUCACAGGGAAUAAAUCCAGAAUUAUCGAAAACCCUACAGAAGCCUUAUCAGUUGCAGUCGAAGAAGGUUUAGCAUGGCGGAAAAAAGGGAGCUUACGUCUUGGUAUACAUAGCAGCCCCAGCACUUUGCAAAGUGUCCCCUCCACUGCAGCUAUACACAGUUCACAACCGUGGUUUCAUCAUAAGAUUUCUAGAGAAGAGGCACACCAACUGAUUCUGAGGCAAGGAUUGGUGGAUGGAGUUUUCUUGGUACGGGAUAGUCAAAGCAAUCCCAGAACUUUUGUGUUGUCAUUAAGCCAUGGAUUAAAAAUAAAGCACUUCCAAAUUGUGCCGUUAGAAGAGGAAGGCAAACUCUUUUAUUCACUGGAUGAUGGUCACACUAGAUUCUCUGAUCUUAUUCAACUCGUGGAGUUUUACCAACUCAAUAAAGGAAUUCUUCCUUGCAAGUUAAAACAUUAUUGUGCUCGAAUUGCACUUUAGCUAAAAUAUCAUCAUGUCACCCAAGCUCACUAGAAUAACAAAUCAAGACAGAACAUUACUUUUGAAAAAGCACUUUGUUAUGAGAAUGAAGUUUAAAAAGAAGUAAUUGAAUGUACAUUUCAGCUUACAAAGAAGAGCUUCUAUUUCUACAGAAAAACAAAAUGCAGUACUUCUGUAUUAGAGUUGAUUAAGUGAUGGUUAAUCUUCCAAAUAUGAACUUCAAGCUGAAAUGGUAUAACUGCAGUGCUGGAAUCCUAGGGAGUAUUUUUCAAAAUAUAAUAAAUGUCUUUUUCACU